AUGUUGUUAGCAAAGAAUUUUAGUUCUCAACUUUUUCGAAGAUCAAAAAGAAUCCCAUUUUCAUGUGUUUCUGUAAGUAAUGUUUUUGAAGAAAGACGUAAUAGCUCAACAACUGUAUCAUCCGUUUUGGAAACUAUGUUUCAAUAUUCAAGUUCGUGUAACAUAACUACAGGUUUACAAUUUUGUAUAGAAGAGUUUCACGCACUAACUGGACUCGGGUGGGGAGGAACAUUUGUGGCAUCGGCUAUACUUUUGCGUUUAGCGUCAUCACCGGCUCAUAUUCUUGCUGAAAAAUUAUUUGCUGAAAAGCUUUAUCACGUAAAUAAUAUUAAUAAAAAAUUUACAGACGCGAUAUAUAAACAAUUAAACAUUAAGUUUGAACCGGGCAUCACAAGUGGUCAAAUUGAAACACUGGCUAAAGACAAUAAAGUUUUUACAGUCGUCAAUAGACAUAUUGCUGAAAAUAUUGAAAAAGUUACUAUUGAAAAAAAAUUAUUUACUUUAAGAAUUUAUAGUCUUAAAUUUAGUACUGUACCAAUAUGGCUGUUUUCAUCUUGUGCCGUUCGUAACAUUAUCAGUGGAGAUUUUAGUCCUUCGAUACCUGGUGCUUUAUGGCUUAGUGAUUUAAUGUUACCAGAUCCUUAUUAUAUUUUGCCUGCUACUUUAGGACUAAUAGGUUUUUUGAAUAUGUAUUCUCAGAGACUUGUUGAUCCUACAAAAAAUAAGAAUAUUGCAAAAAUACACGAUGUUCUUUUAGCGCUAGCAACAAUUGUUUGUGUAAAAAUUUCAAUAGAUCUUCCGGCUUGUCUUUCAUUAUAUUGGCUGGCAGUUUCUGUGAGUGGUUUGGUUCAAAUUGCUAUCAUAAGAUAUCCAAAGUUUAAAAAACUUCUUGGAAUUAAGAAACUACCAACAGAUUCAAAAUAUCCAAUAGUAAAUCUUUUUAGAAGAAGAGAAUAA